AUGUCGUGCAAAACACUACCUCUUCUUUUCAUAAAUCUUGGUGGUGAGAUGCUGUACAUAUUAGAUCAACGACUUUGUGCUCAAGGGAUUCCUUCAGAAAAGUCGCAGAAAGGCAAGUGGAGCUGGAAGAGAAUCCCGGUCCCGAGUGAAAGGGAAUCGAGAUGUUGAGAAAUCUUAUUUAUUAAUAAUAAUUAGGCUAAUUAUUUAGGCCUAUAUAAGUUAAAGUUAGUGUGAUACAGAUCUAAUCUAUUAACGGAUGAUCGAUUUAAGUGUUAAUCAAGACGUCUGUCCCAUUAAUUUUGAAAGUUAUUAAAUUUUUAAAAAUUGAUGAUUAAAAACUGUGGGUAAAGAUCAAAGGUAGUGUUGUAGCGGAAUGGGUUUGCCGAGAGUUGUUUCAUCUUAAGUGCAUUGACAACACUUAGGGGAAUCCCAACACUGGACUUUUGCAUAGACCAAUGGUUGGUCCUGAUCUAUGACAUGUGUAAGUGUAUGAUACUAUGAGUAUGAGUAGUAUAAUAACUUACCUAUUCCUCACUGAGCAUUUUUUGCCUAAAUCUAACGCUAACAAUCAAUACAAUUAAUAAAAAUAAUACGAAAUCUAUUCAUAUGAAAAUUCCCAUUUAUUUUAACUAAAAUUCAACUUGCAAGAUUCAAAACAAAUUUGAAAAGAAGAAACUCAUCCUCGCUGAUAGCCCAAUUUGAACACGGGAAAAAAAAGAUGCAUGCAUUAUUAAAAGUCCUGUCAUUUGAUUGGUUGAAAAAAGAAGUACCUCACCUUAUGCAAUUCAUUUCUAUCAUGUUGCUAUUUCACAGGAAAUAUCAACAUAAUUUUCUGGGGUGGGGAAUCCCCACUUUCAAGACAAACAAAAAAAAAAUGACCAAGAAAAAUUAACAAAAAAACGUUUUGAAAAUAGAGAGCUAAAAAUCAAAAUCUUUUGAAUACUGCUCUAUGGCUGGUAGUUAACCUGGGCAACCUCCAUGACCUAAAUACAGUAUAAGUCAUCGCCUGCCUUGCUGCUAACUAAAGCUUCGUUAAACCUUUGUGCUGUGGAGAAUUUAUUAAUUUAUGGAGACUAUUUUUAUAAAUUUCUGCAAAAUAGCCAAUAGUACUACAAUUGUAAGGGAAUUAGUUCUAUUUCUUUUUCUGUUAGUAAAUUAGUAAAAUAAAUAAAUUUCCAAAAUAGUCCUUUGCCUAUAGUUAUAGCAUCUAUUUAUAAUAGAUAGAUGCUAUAAUAACUAUAGGCAAAGGACUAUAAUCCAAAAAGAAAGCCUACCAUCACCAUAUAAUAAUACUUACUGAGCUUCUUAAGUGGAGAUUCUUUGAAAUAUUUUAGGGGAAUAAAUGUAGAACUUGGCUUAUGCGCGGGCCGAGACCCAUGCGAAGGCAACAAAAUUCAAAUUUAGAUAGUACCUUAACUGUAAAUUAAGCAAUAAAUCCCAUAUACUUCAUAAAGCCAAGGGGCAAGAAAUCUUUUUUUUUUUACUUGUCCACCCGGAUGACAUUUUUCUAUAUAAAUGGGCUUCAAUUUCAGGCUUGGCCCAGUAAGACAAUUUUCCUUUGCAUAGAUUUUUAACAUGUUCUUCAGGAAGCCUACAUGGAAUAAUGAAAUAUGAUAUUGUAUAUUGCAGAGGCAGUACUAUAUGCUCUACAAGAUUUUAAUAUCUAACCAGAAGCUUUAAAUAGUAAAUUUCUGCACUAACCUUAACUUGUUGGCUUAUAAGUGGGUUAAACACUUUCAGACUUUCAAAAUGUUAGGCCCUAAUUUAUAUAUUUUUUAUUAUUAGUGUAAUUGUCCAGCCUGAUAGUUAUUAUCAUUAAAUUUACAAUACUAGAAAAAAUAUUUGUAAAAUAAAUGUAACCUCCUCAUCCUCAUGUCCCUUAGUCCUUGGACCAUUGGGGCGCCACAGAUGACAUGUGAACCAUCCUCCAUUCCUCUCUGUCUUCAGCACUACGCACUGCAUCGCCCAGUGUUAAACCUGUCCACUCUUUGAUGUUAUCCUCCCAUCUUUUUCUUUGUCUUCCUCUUCUUCUCCCUCCUCUUGUGGUGCCCUGCAAUAUUUCUUUGGCAAGCUCUUGUUUCCUUGUUACGUGGCCAUACCAUUGUAGUUUGCGUUUUUUCACAGUCACCAGUAGGUCAUCGUAUUCCCCAAUUGCCUGACGAACCCUUUCUUUCACUGUAUCAUUGGAGAUGUGGUCCCUAAAGCAGAUGCCAAAAAUGCUUCUGAAGCAUCUUAUCUCCAUCGCCUUUAUUUUCCUUUCAAGAUCGGCUGUUAAUGUCCAGGAUUCGCAGGCAUACAGGAAGAUGGAGAGGACUAAUGAGCGCAUCAGCCUCAUUUUGGUGCUGGGGGCUAUAUUUUUGUAAUUCCAUAUUUUCUUGAGCUUCUUUAGUGCUGUUGUAGUCUGCGCAAUCCUGGACAUCAGUUCGGGCUUGGAGCCUUCUUCUGAGACUAUUGGUCCUAGGUAUUUGAAGCGGCCUCCAGUCUUUAAUCUUUCCUCCCCGACCUUAAUUUCAGUGGUGAUGCCUGUCGUAUUAUUUGUCAUAAUGUAACCACAUAGUCCUAAUUUCAUUAAUUUGUAUUAGGCCUCAAAGCAAACCAAUUUAAAGUCAUUUCUUAUGUUUUUUUAACUAAGCUCCAUAAUACUAGAUUGUUAUUAAGACUAAUAAUUGGGGUUAUAUUUUUUUCAGGAAUCUACAUAACAAUAUAUAUGUUACCUGAUUCAUGUUCCUUGUUAAUAUUAUGUUAAAUAACUUGUACAUUAUUUUCAAACUCGUAACUUAACUUGAAAUGCUUUUUAUCUUUCUUUCAAAUUUAGUUCUCCAUGACAUUGUGAGCACUAUGUUCAACAGACGAUUUAUAGAUGAGGUAUUUAAACCUCAAACCUUGUACUCCAAGAAAGCCAUGCGUACAGUUUUUGAUCGAAUAGCUCAUACAUCAAUCAUGAGGUUAAAUGCUGCCAGCAUGGAUAAGGUUAACAAAAACUAUUUUUCUACGUCUUAAAGAGCAAAGUUGGUUGAGAUUUAUGUGCUUUAAAAUAUCCAUUGAUAUAAAAAAUUAUUAAAUAUGGGAUUUAUUGCUUACAAUAGAUAGCAAAUUUAUUUUAAGCUAAACAAUAUAUAUACCUCAUCAAUUGUUUGUGAAAUAAAUAAUAACCUAUAAUGAAUAGUAUGUAAUGUAAGAAUAAGAAAGAUUUUUAAUAAUUAGUCUUUAUUCACUGUUUGUCAAUCAUUUUUUAAUUUAAUGUAUCUUUUUGUUAUAUGAACUUUAUAUAUAAGUAUCUUUAAUUUAUUUUUAGCUUUAUGACCUCAUGACUAUGGCAUUCAAAUACCAAGUAUCACUUGCCCUUCGACCAAAGGAUCUUCUUCUCAUUACUCUUAAUCACAUGAGUGCUAUCAGGAAAUAUGUUGAAGAAAGCAAUCCUGCCAGAACCCUAGUGGAAUACACCUAUAAAUUGCUAAUAGAUGUAAUCAGAAUUAAUCUUUAUUUUAUUUUGGCUUCUAUCAUAUUUCUGACAAUUAAAAAGGACUAACUAUACAAUUAUUUAGUUUUGAUUUGCUAUAUCAAGCUAGCAUAUACACGCGAUGUACUAUACAUUAAUUUUUAUGAAGGAAUUCUCCUUCUGUUAACCAUUAUCUUAAUAUCAAGGUGUUUCAUGUAUGGUGAAGAAUGUGUUUACAAGCUCCCAUCCAGAUAAUGCAAGACACCAUAAAAAAAACAAAUUAUGUUGAUCCCCAGUCAGGGUGGCAAACUCAAUAAAAUGAAAUUUACAUGCCGGUACAAAGAUUUAAAAUCUUCAAAUUUUCAAAGACAAACACAUUGUUACGGACAAACACAUUGUUACAGAUACAGACAAACACAAUUAUUUUGACAAAAACAUUUUUACUAUAAAGUUGUUGAAAUUACAAAGUUUUAGAAAAUGGCACAUCAUCAUUUACUAUAUCUCUUUGUCUUUAUGAUUCUAUUAUCCCGCCUCUCUUUGUCUUUAUGAUUCUAUUGCCCCGCCUCUCUUUGUCCUUAUGAUUCUAUUACCCCGCCUCUCUUUGUCUUUAUGAUUCUAUGAACCUACCUCUCUUUGUCUUUAUGAUUCUAUUGCCCCGCCUCUCUUUGUCUUUAUGAUUCUAUGACCCUGCCUCUCUUUGACUUGAUGUUAUUUAAUCCAUGAAGAUUGAACUGAUUUUAUGUGGCUAGUUUUUCCAUGGCAUUAUCCUCAUUGUUUGAUGUCUCCUGCUUAUGAAGCUUAACAUACAAUGGACAAUCUACCUUUUUACAGACUUUAUGGACAAGUCGUUUUAAGGGAAAUUUUAAUGGGCUUUCAGUAAAGUACAGACAUUUGGAAUCCCUGUUCCUAGUUUCCACGUAACUAUCCCAUGCACAUCACAUAUCUCCAGCAUUACAACUACAAAUAGCUUAAGUCAACUUUAAAAAUAACUGUUAAAAAGUCAUACAUUGAAAUGGAAUUGUUGUUUUUUUUUAAUUUAAUUGAGGAAAAUUGAAUGUCUGGAUUUCUUUGAUCACCAGACGUAUGCUUCCCUGUCACAUGGUGAAUUUCAACUAAUUAGGCAAACACUGCUGAAUUUUUUUCAAGACAUGCACACAAGGGUAAGUCAUUCUCAUAAAUAUUAAAUAAACAAUUAUUAUCUAAAUUAAGGUUUCCAUACAGCCUAGUUUUGUAGCCUCAAAUGCCCAGUUUGCUUAUUAAAAUUAGAGCAGAGAGGGGACAGGGAUAUUGAAAGAUUCCUUUAAUCUUUAAGUAUAGAAGUUAAUGUUAAUUCUGUACGGUAAACCUCUUUCUAUAGAAAGCUAUAUAAAUGCACUUAAAGAAAAUGAAAUUGAAUUACUGCAAAUGGAAGCAUUCAUUAGGCAGUAAAAUUAUUUAAAACAUUUCUUUGAUGUCUGCUUUUUUAGUCACAAUGAUAUGAUAACCCUAUAUAAACUUCCUUAUUUUGUUGUGUAUUUGUUUUUUUACUUUUUAUAAAAAACUGUUUCACUCAAACUUUUUAGGUUUCAAUAUUUCUUAAAGAUAAAGUGCAAAACAACAAUGGUCGGUUUAUUCUGACACCAGGUGGAGUUUUACCAUUUGGCACAGAGCCACCGGGUAACAUUCGGUAAGCUGAGUGUGAAAUUUGUGAAAAUAUUUCUAAACCAUCAACUGUAAUUUUACCUUUCCAUCUAUGUACAAUUUUUUUUUAAUUACUUAUACAGACUUAUUAGAAGUUAAAUAAGCUGUAAAAUUCAAACAAUGUAGGCAGGAAUAUAGUUUAAAAAUUCUUGCCUCAAAACUCAUUCAGGAAACCUAAUUGUGUUUUUUACUUUCUCACUCAACCUGGAGAUUUCGGAAGACAGAUAAAUCAACUUUAACACUUAUUUUGUACACCAUGGGUUUGAACUCAAUGAUGUUUUAUGUACUACUACUAUGUAAGUCAUAUUAAUGUCAUCCACAUAUUUGUGAACUGAGUGAGAAAUGUUGGAGAGGGUUUUGAGUAAUAGUUCCGGUAUUUAAAAAUUUUGGGUAGCUUUGAGGAUGAAGAACAAAUAAUAGCGAAAAUUGCUCACUGUUCUUAAAUAUUUUACUCUAAUUUCCAAAUCAAUUAAUUUUCAGCUCUUAUGAUGAGAGCGGCAAGUUUCGCAAUAUUGGGUUCCAGGUUGUACCAAGUUAUACGGCAUCAACAAAGGAGGGUUCUUAUGAUAUGCAGGGUGAUACCUUGUGUUCACUUGGUAAAAAUAUGUAAGCUUUCCUCGUUUUUUUUGUCCCUUAAAAAGCUUAGUCUUGGAACUAUGACAUUAGUAGAGGGGGAAAGAUAAUGUAACUGGGAUGUUUCCCUAACAACUCUACACAGUUUUUACGGAAAGGAUAGUACAUGACUCAGAUGAAUUGAAAGCACUUGUAGAAGCUCUAUGCCCCAGGGAUAGUAAAAGGCAUAAGAAAGGAAGAUUACACCGCAAUGAUUUCAUAAUAAAAAGAAAUGGAUCUAAUAAUUAAAAUGCAGAUAUAAUUAUACUAUGUAAUUUGGGGAAACAAAAUUUAAAAUAUCUGAAUAACAUUUAUUAGAUACAGUUAUUUAAAGGCUACUACAAGAUAUAAAUGCCACUCAACAAGACUUGAUUAUUUUAUUUGUUUUUAAAUUGGUACCAAUAUAUUUCUAAGAGUAAAAUUAAAUAAAAAUCAGAUUACAAAAUGUAUUUUUAAAUGUGUUUUCUUGUUGAUAAACUAUUAAUACUAUUAUUCCAUAAUCUGAAGGUAUUCAGUGUCCAGACCUGUUGAAACAAGUGGAACAAGCACAUCAGUUAUUCAAGGCAGUGACUUGGUUGGUCUUUUAUGAAAUAAUCCAUUCAAAUACCAAUAUGUAAUGAAUUUUAUCCCUGCAAAAUUUGUUCUUUUCAAAAUUAAUGUGAGAGAACGUGAUCUUCCUUGGGAAUUUUAUGACAUGAAUUCUAUGGUCUGAAUUUUGACCUCAAAUUAGUUUUUUAUCAUAGUAUUUUUAUACUAUGAGUGAAAGAAAAUAUUUUUAAUUCAUAAGGAAAAGAGAAAAAGAGAGAAACAGUUAGCUAAGCUUUUCUCUUUGAACUAAUAAUACUUUUUAUAACGUAGAACAAAUAUAGUAUUUAUGUAAAAUAAUUUAUAUUUGAAUUAUUUAGGCAGAAGCUCAGAAUAUUGUACUAAACAAAGAGAUCAUUGUAAGGAAAUGGUAGGCAGUAACCUAUUUAUUUCUGUUUAUUUUCAACCAAAAAAUUAAAUAAUAUAAAUAUGAUACUUUGUUUCUUUUUUGUAUUAUUCAGACAAAGAGAAGCUUUUGAGUUUAUUUCAUAUUUAAUUUUCAGGACACUAGUAACCCUGAUCCCCUAGCAAAAGCUCAUCUAGACCUGCUGUCUCAACUCAUUGGUGCAAAAGUAACCAAGAAUGAGUUUAGGCUUAAUCUUUUCAAAACUGAUCAAGAGGAAGAGUAAGUGAAACUUUCAACAUUUCUAUUCGAUCAUACACUUUAUUAUAAUUAUUAAAUUCACGUGGCUUCCUUUAUUCAUGGGACAAUUAGAGAAGGUCAAAAGGACACAUUUUUUCAUUCAAUUUUGUACGGUUUUCACUGUAGGAGAAGUAACCUUUUGUGGCACUGUUGAUUUCAGCAAAUAGUUACAUAACUGAAAUUUUUGGGUCAUCUUUUGAGAAAAUCUCAUUUUUUUAAAAAAAAACGUGUGACCUUUUUCACGGCUUCCUUCCAUAUGUCUCUCAGAUAACAGGAAAACAUGCAGUGGCAUCCCUAGGGUUUGUGUCUCACAUGGUAGGCCAAUAUUCCCCCACAACUACCAAAGAAAAACUCUGGUGUUGGCAGAAAAUGGCAGCCCUAAAAAUAUGGAACAAAUGCGACUCUCUUUAUAAAUAUAUUUUCUUUACUAUUUUUUUAGGGAGGCUGCUGCCCCAAUCCAACCUAUUGAGACUUCUCAUUCUCAAGUUAUUAAUAUUGAUGCUUCAAAAAAGGUCAAAAGUAUUGAAUUAACUAAAAUUUUUGGAGAAAUGACAGUUGAUGUUGGGAGUAAGGGAGAUGACUCAGAUCUGCUGGAUUUAAUGGAUAGCUAAAUCCUGAAAAUUUAUUAACCAGUAUAUUUUAAAGUAAUAAAGUAAGUAAUUUAUAUGUUGUGAUAUAAAUGAUUGUGAUAAAAAUAAUUUAUUAUUUGUGUAUUUUGUAAUUUAUGCUUUGCACUUUUGAAUUUUAAACAAAUAUGCAAAUAUAAAUGAAAAGAGGUAAAUAUUUAUAUAAUAAAUAGUUAUUGUUACCCCAAGCUAUGAACAAAAUGUCAGGUAAGAUGGACUUGUCAGAAUAGCAAGACAGCAUAGCAAGUCAUCAUGGCAAGUCUCUUUGAAUGGACCUGUCAGCAUGGCAAGUCAGCAUUCUUUGAAUGGACCUGUCAGUAUGGCAAAUCAGCAUAGCAAGUCAGCAUUCUUAGAAUGGACUUGUCAGCAUAUCAAGUUAGCAUUCUUGGAAUGGAGUUGUUAGCACAGCAAGUCAUCAUUCUUGGAAUGAGUCAUCAGCAUGUAAAGUCAGCAUUCUUGGACUCUCAAGUCAUCAAAGUUGGUAGAUGAAUGGCAGCUUACUUGGUUGUGAGAUUAAUUAGGCUGUAUCUGCUUGACAAGCAAAAUUUUAAUUCUUUAAAGGGUAAUUCCACUUGACCUGCAUCAUUUGAAAGCAAUGAAUUAUGGAGAAUUUUGAAAAAUAUUCUUUUAGCAGGUUCUUCACUUAAUAUUAAUCCAUUAAAUGUUUAUAGUCCAUCAGGAAUAUACUGGUAAAUUUGGAAUAUACCUAAUAAUAUAUUACCAUGUGUAAAUUAUUAUUGUGAGUAAUUUUGGGGGGGGGGAAAUACUACUCAAAAAUAGGGUUAGCAUCAUGGGUGUGUUAGAAUUUUUUUUUAACCAGUAAAUGAUGUAUAAUAAUGUCUAUGCAACAAAAUAUUCUUGGUCCACUCUCAUUCCGUGACCAAGCACGCAUGGUAUCUCCACAUAGUAACAUCAAUGUAAGUAGAUUCCCUUUGAUGGGCUAUAAGUAUCGGUAUGACCACAUUUUAUUUUAUUUGUAUCUCUAGCUUCAUUCACUAUAGAAAAAAAAUAUUAAUGACAUCAAAGAAGCAUAUAAAACUAUACCCAGAUAUGGAAUAAGAGAGAGAUCAAAUAUUUUUCAAUUCUAAUGAAAACAAAUCUCAGAUUUCAUUUAAAAUUUACAUUUAAGUAAUUUACUUGGGGAUCUAAAGCUUUUCAGUUAGUAAAAAAUUUAUUUUCAUUAAAAUUAACUUUUUGUUUUGAAAAUCAAAUAUUUCAUACAAAUUAUUUACAAUUCUGAAUUGUAUAGUUAUCAAAUAUUAAAUUAUUUUAAACUUAACAGUCCAAAUGAGUGAAUGUUUAGCUAUACUUUGGAUUAUACAUUAAGGCAUUUAAGGCAAUAAGGCCCAAUUGUAGCUGUUAUUGUUAAAUUUAUUUAGAACGUGCAUAGUUAUCUGUUGUUUUUGGUGUUCUAGGAAUUUUGCACCUGUAAUAUUAAUUUCAAUCCUGUAUGGACAACUCAUGAGAUGCACAUGUGCAUGAACAUAAAUUUUGAGUGAUUGGCUGCAAAAUCAAGGAUCAUCCUGUCACAAACUCUAGCUGCGCCACUGAUUGCCUAGACAUGCAUACAUUUUUAUGAAUUCAUCUCUUAUUUGCAUUUUUAAAUAAAUGUGCAGUCCAAACAUUAGAAAUUUAAUUAUCUCAAUAAUCACUGUGAUUUAAAUAUUGUGGAUGAUAGAAAUCAUUAUUAUGAAAUGUUUGAUGCACUACUGUUUUUG